UUUUGGAGAUUUAAACGUGAAUGUACAUGUUUUGUCAUUAAAAUCCAAAACUAUAUCGUAACAUAUUUGUUAUAUGAACACAAUAUUGGAGUAGACGGGUUUGACAUUAGACGAACAGAAAUGCCGAAAUACACACUAAAGGACCCAAAGACAUGCCGUAUUUUUCUGUCGUCCCCGUUCCGAGGAAUGGAACCAGAGAGAAAAGAAUGGAUGAGUAAAUAUGUCCCUGAGCUGGACCAUCUUUGUCGGUCUCAUGGAGUUGCAUUGGUUGUUAUUGACAUGAGAUGGGGUAUCACCGAAGAAGCCACGGAGAAUGCACAAACGGUGAACAUAUGUUUGAGGGAGAUUGACAGAAGUGAUGUAUUUAUUGGCAUCUAUGCGCAGCGAUAUGGAUGGCACGGCGAGAAGGACAAGGAUUUACAGAGAAAUAUCGAUAAUGCAAGUAAACAUUAUUCCUGGUUGGAAAGCGAACGACAUCAGAGUGUUACAGCAUUGGAAUACUUACAUGGUCAUCUGAACAAACCAGGGGAUUUACCGGCAUGUUUCGCAUUCAGAAGCAAGGAAUAUGACGAAGCCAAGAAAAAAGCAUUAAUAAAAUCAAAAGAUCCGAAAGAAGCCGCUAAAUAUGUUUCAGAGAGUAACGAAGCAGCAAUUGCUUUAGAGCGUGUGAAAACAAGAGUGGUGGGGACCAGAGACAAAUGUUUAGCUGUUAUUGAAGAUUAUAAAACACCUUCUGAGGGUGUUACCAAAAUAUUUGAAGUUGUGAAAAAGUACAUCGAAACAGAACUUUUAGCUGCAACUCAUGAAUUGUCUCAACGUGACCUUCAAAUUUCUCAACACGACGCCUUUAUGUCGCAUCAUAGUUUGAACUACGUAUCAGAUGGCAGAAAUGAAACAAUGUUAAAAAGCACCCUGUCAGGAACCAAUAAAAAGUUAUUAGUUGGUGGCCCAAGCGGAAGUGGGAAAUCCUCUCUAUUGAGUCAUUGGAUCUCAAAUCUUCAAAUUAACCAAUCAAAUAAAGCCUUUUAUAUUUACCACUUUGUUGGAUGCGGUGACGAUAGUAUGGUCAUAUCUGGUGUAUUGAAGCGCCUUUCCUUGGAAUUGGAUCACUAUUUAGACCCGAACCAAUUAAAGGGAAUGACCAUGGAGGAUUUACUCACUAGUAAAAAGGAAACUGAAGACAUAAAAGAUCUGAUGAGGAAAUUUAUGGCGAAGUUAGAAGAGCUAAGUAAGAAGAAGCGAGUUGUUUUGGUGGUAGACGCUAUAGAGCUGAUAGAGAACGAAUCGAAAACAGCUAAGCUUUUAUAUUGGUGGCCAAGUACAUUCCCUCCCAAUGUUAGCGUCAUUGUAUCGUGUGCAUCAGAAAAUGGUGACGUAAUACAAGAAUUAAAAGAUAGACACUAUGACGUAUUUGAAUUACAGCCUUUUGAUAAAAAACACAGAAUGGAACUUUGUAUGCAAACAUUACAGAAACAUGGCAAGGGAUUAAAGGACAGUCAGGUACAGAAGAUCGUGUCCUGUCCACAGUCAAGAGUACCAAUAUUUCUGAAAACACUAUUAAUGGAACUUUGUGUUUUUGGAGAGUUUCGAAAAUUAGAUUCAAAGAUUGACUCCCUGUUAAAAGCUAAAAGCGCCAAAGAGUUAUUUGAACAGUUGUUGAUGAGAUUAGAGGAAGAUUUCGCCGAGGAUAAAAAACAAGGCAACAUAGUUGAAAAGGUUCUAUGCUGUAUAUGUUUAAGUAAUCAAGGUUUAUCAGAACAAGAAUUGAUGUCUAUUCUCAACAUUCCCUCACAUAUUUGGUCACCAUUGUACUUUGCUGUCAGAAAAUUCAUCGUCGAAAAAGAGGGGCUUUUACAAUUAGGCGUAGACGAACUAGAGGCAGCUGUGACAGAUAGAUAUCUUAAAAACAGUAAAAUAAGAACAAAGUAUCUUGGAAUUUUAAUCAAGUAUUUUGAUAGUUUGCAAAAGGCGUACCCAAAAUCCAUCAAUGUCCUGCACCCUAUUACUAAAAGACCAACGGAUGAACUACCAGCGUUGUAUCGUUUGUGUAACGAUAAACAAGGACUCAUCAAUACUCUCAUCAACCUCACAACAUUUGGUAGAAUGUUCCUACUGAAUGAAUACGAGUUAUUAUCCUUAUGGAGAUGGGUUGGUUGCAGUGGUGAUGAAAUAGCGGAGCUUUAUAUCCAAGCUAUUGAUAAAAAGGUUGAAGAAGCAGGAAAAAACAUGGAAAUAGUUAUUUUAUCGUUCCUAGAUGCUGUGUCGUUUCUCAUGGAAAUGGGACAUUUCCAAUCAGGAUUACAUUCUGUUUUAAACAAGCGACUCGUGUUCCUGGAAACCAGUUGCCCAACACUACCUGAGGAAACGAAAUCAAGAAUCUUGAAUAAAGUGAAACAAAAGUUAUCUAUGAUGUAUACUAAUAUGGGGAAAUUUAAAGAAGCCGAAAAACUACAGACACAAGUUUUGGAAUGUAGGAAAAGCUUUGUUGAUAGCCAGCCACAAGGUGUGACAAAAGAAGUUUUAGUAGAUCUUGGAACGUCUUACCAUGGAUUAGCCAUACUUCAUACUAAAUUAGGUAACAAGGAACAGGCCCUGGAAAACUUUAACAAAGCUUUAAACAUCCAUAAACAGUGUGGAUCUCGUCUAGAAAUAGCUGAUAGUCUACAUAAUAUAGGAGUAUUGUUGAUGGAGAAACAAUCAUUUCAACAGGCUUUGUCAUAUUGUCUCGAAUCUCUAGCAAUCUACGAAGAAGAAUAUUUUGGUCACUUACCGCCUGCUAUUGGUGUCAUGACUGGCAAUAUUGCCGUGUGUUACCGCCAUCUUGGAAAACUGGAUGAAGCAGAGAAGAUGUAUAUUAAAGCUAGGGAAAUAGCAGUUAAUGCACUGGGAAACCUUCACCCUAAUGUAGCACACGCCCUCAUAAAUCAUGGAACCCAUUGUCUGAAUUCUGGUAAUUUUGAAGAUGCGGCUAAACUAUUCCAAGAUGCGUGGGCCAUACAUCAGAAGUGCAAUGACUCGCCAGAUAACCCUUUGGUUUAUAAAAUAAAGGAGAAGUUGGCCCUAGCUUUAUUGAAAAUGAAACAGACAAAAGAUGCUUUAGCGGUUUUUGACGAAGUUUUUAAAAUAGUGACGGAGCGUAAUUUGAUCGAAGAUGCCUUUAUACCUUUGUAUACGUUAGUUGUUAAAGAGCUGAUGGAGCAGAAGCAAUACCAAAGGGCAUUAGAUAUAACCACAGCUCUGCUGCAAUCGUCCAAAAAACAGGAGUUUGACUUUUUACAUUUAGAUAUGAUUAGCAACAACAUUAAAGUUGAUCAAGCCCUGCUUAAGCAGUUUUCACUUGAAGAGGGUCUAAAGCUAUGGCCUGAGAGUUUCACUUUAUUAAAACAAUUAGCAGAAUCCCAUCUUAUCCCUAAAGAGGAAACACAGAAAUUAUUGGAGCAGUUAGACAAGUCGUAUGACCACAUCAGUAUUAAAGAUGGCGUUUAUGAGAAUGCAAUGGCAUGGUGCCAGAAUGCAGGGAAAAGGGAAGCCCUUCUACAGAUUUGUAAACACGCAGUAAAAAAAUGUCCAGACAACACGACAUUUUUGCGCCACCUCACCCAAAUGUUACACGAAGACAAGGAGUAUGAGGAUGCUCUGCCUUAUGCAACUAAACUCGCAGAGAAGUCAGCCGAUCAACCCGAAAUAUUACUAAUAGCAGGAGAAAUAUGUGCAAGAACCAAGAAUUACCAACAAGCUCAAACAUACUUCCAAACAAUUAUAGACAAUUUCACUGAUCAAACUGUGCUAGUCGAACAAGCUUAUUCUGGAUUAAGGAUUGUUAGUUCGUUUGUGCAAAAUCAAAGUUAAUCCAGGUGCUUUAAAACCAGAAAGGCGUUUAUUUAUACUGACGACUACCUCUACCAAAGCUUUUACUACUAUCAAGUAAAAGGUUACCGGAUAAGCUUCAAUUUUUUUUAAAUAAUGCAAGUAAUUAUGUCAACAUAUCAUUUCCAUAAGUAUAACACGAACUCAAAUGUCAAUAUUACCUGCAAAAGUUUCCGCCAUUCUCCGUGAGUAGUCGUAACUUUCCCUAAAUAAACAA